AUGGCACUCGCAUCCCUCCGCCCAGCGGCAUACAUGUCCUUCCUCCGCCCCCUCGCCCUCCCCCGCGCCGCAACCCUCACGCGCUUCCUCUCCACCAGCCCUGCUGUCCAAUCCACCACCGAAGCCACGACCACGACCUCCUCGCCCACAACCUCCUCCCAGAGCCUCGAGUACCGCGUCUCGCGCACGCCCUCCGCCCAGCUCCCCAUCUACCUGCUCGCCAAGCGCGGCGGGAACCUGAAGCAGACGAGGGUGAAGAAGAUUGAGGGGAAUAUUGCGCAGUUUAGGGAGGAUCUGAAGGUGGCGUUGGGGAUUGAGGAGGAUAGAGAGAUUCAGGUGAAUCAUUUGACGAGGCAUAUUAUUGUUAAAGGACACCGCAAACCCGAGGUUGCUAAGUUUUUGGAAGAACACAAGUUUUAG